AAUAGGCCGGGAGCGCAGAGCGGAUAGCUGUGCCCGCGCCGAUAGAUCUGCGGGCUCCCCUAGCCAGGAAUGGUGAGCGACCUCAGCUGGGGAGACCCUGCCGGCUCUGCAUGUGGAGUCGUAGGGGUCGCGCGGGUGUGUCUGCAACCUGUGUGCCACGUCGCGGGAGAAGAAGACUUGGAAGAGUCAAGGCUGGAGUCAACAGGAUCCGCAGUGGGGAGAGGUCGGGGGUGACAGGGCCUCCAGCCAUGGACUUGGAGGAGCCCAGGGACACACCUGUGCCCUCUCAGGACCUCACCCCUGACUGCCAAUGGGACCCGGUGCCAGGAGGCCCAUGCAGCCUGAAUCAGAUGGAAUUUGAUGGGCCAAAUAUUCCGGACCUGGUGCAACAGUUUGAGGCUCUGCCGGGUGAUCUGGUUGGCCUGUCCCCGGAUGGACUCCCCUGCCCCCUGCACAUUGCCACUGGUCACGGCCUGGCCUCCCAAGACGUGGCUGAUGCCCACGGGCUCCUGUCUGCUGAGGCUGGCAGGGACGAUCUGCUAAGCCUUUUGCACCUCGAGGAGUGUCCUCCUUCCCAGCCUUGUCCCAAAGAGCCUCCAGACCCUGCUCCUCGCCUGUUGCAGCCCCCUGAAGAUCCAAAUGGGGAUACUGGCCCCUCAGAAUGGGAAGAGGGAGCCUCUGCUGAGCAGCGUGACAGCAAGAGCUCAAGCAGUUCCCCAGAACCCUGGCUGGAGACAGUCCCUUUGAUUGCUCCUGAAAAGCAACCUGCCAGUGCCCAGAGCCCUGAGACUGUGGCUUCAUACCCUGCCCUACAGGAGGUAUCAGGACCCUGUGACCAUGAAGACCUCCGCGAUGGUGUCAUAUUCGGAGCCAAAUACCUGGGCUCCACCCAGCUGGUGUCCGAGCGGAACCCACCCCCCAGCACUCGAAUGGCACAGGCCCAGGAGGCCGUGGACCGCAUCAAGGCCCCUGAUGGGGAGACCCAGCCCAUGACGGAGGUGGACCUCUUUAUCUCCACCAAGAGGAUUAAGGUUCUGAUGGUCGACUCCCAGGAGGCCAUGAUGGACCACGCCCUGCAGACCAUCUCCUACAUUGCCGACAUCGGCAGCGUGCUGGUGAUCAUGGCCCGGCGGCGAGUGGCCCGGCGGCCAGCGUCCCAGGCCCACGGCCACCGGCUCUACAAGAUGAUCUGCCACGUUUUCCACUCAGAUGAUGCCCAGCUCAUUGCUCAGGCCAUCGGCCAGGCCUUCGCUGUGGCAUAUAGCCAGUUCCUGCAGGAAAGCGGCAUCGACCCCCGCCAGGUGGGCACCCAGUCAAGCCAGGGGGCCACGGGCUCCGGCUACCUCCACAACGGGGACCUCGACCACUUUUCCAACAGCGAGAACUGCAGGGAGGUGGUCAUUGAGAAGCGCCGGGGUGAGGGCUUGGGCGUGGCCCUCGUGGAGUCAGGCUGGGGCUCCUUGCUGCCCACGGCUGUCAUCGCCAACCUGCUGCAUGGGGGCCCUGCGGAGCGCUCAGGGGCCCUCAGCAUCGGGGACCGCCUUACUGCCAUCAACGGGACCAGCCUCGUGGGGCUGCCCCUGGCCAGUGUCCAGGCUGCUGUCCGCGAGGUAAAGUCGCAGACGUUGGUGACCCUCAGCAUCGUCCACUGCCCACCGGUCACCACAGCCAUCAUCCACCGGCCACAUGCCCGCGAGCAGCUGGGCUUCUGCGUGGAGGAUGGCAUUAUCUGCAGUCUCCUUCGUGGUGGCAUCGCCGAGCGCGGGGGCGUUCGCGUGGGACACCGAAUCAUCGAGAUCAAUGGGCAGAGUGUGGUGGCCACACCUCAUGCCCGUGUCAUUGAGCUGCUCACCGAGGCCCACACUGAGGUCCACAUCAAGACCAUGCCAGCCACCACCUAUCGCCUGCUCACAGGCCAGGAGCAGCCUGUAUACUUGUGACUGGCCACCACCCCCACCACUGUGCCUUAGCCCCACUGGCCCUGGGACUCCCGGCAGUGGCUCCUCCUUGGCUGGCGGGGGCCGCAGAGGAUUCUUGGCUCUAUAUUAUUUUCUGAUGUAAAAAAAUUAAAAGCUUAUCAAAUGGGUAAGGUCUUGGAUCAGGGUGCGUGGGAU